UUUAAUUUUUUCACUUUUAAAAUGACUUCUCAUUUCUCAAAUAUCUUUUAGCUUUAUUCUUGCAUUAUCAGAAAUCAGAACCAACCACCAUUGGAGUUUUGAGUGAUGAGGUCCUUACUCUUUAGUACAGUGACAAUUCCAACCCCUUCAAAAUUACCAAACUGCCAUCACUCUCACUAUGCUGCUCCUCACUCUCUCAAAUUCCCAUUUCUCACUUCUCUUCUUCCUUCUAAAUACCCAUUUCUUCUUAAAGAAAGCUAUAAAAGUGUAAAAAUCAAAGCUUUAAUGGAAUCAAGAAUGGACCCAAGUACAAAACCUUUUUCUGUUCUCUUUGUGUGUCUUGGAAAUAUAUGCAGAAGUCCAGCUGCUGAAGGUGUUUUUACAGAUUUGGUUAAGAAAAGGGGGCUUGAUUCAAAGUUUAAGAUUGAUUCUGCUGGUACUAUUAAUUAUCAUGAGGGAAAUGAAGCUGAUCCAAGAAUGAGGGCUGCUGCUAAAAGGCGUGGAAUUGCGAUAACGUCUAUAUCUAGGCCAAUUAGGCCUUCUGAUUUCAAAGAUUUUGAUCUCAUUCUUGCUAUGGAUGAGCAAAACAAAUCUGAUAUACUUGGGGCUCUGGAGAGGUGGAUCCAUAGAGAGCCAUUGCCAGCUGAUGCAGCUGAAAAGGUCCGCUUGAUGUGUUCCUAUUGUAAGAAGCAUGAAGAAACUGAAGUUCCAGACCCUUACUAUGGUGGAGCUCAAGGUUUUGAGAAGGUACUAGAUAUGCUUGAAGAUGCUUGUGAUUCACUGUUGGAAAGCAUUGUGACAGAGAACAAAAUUUAGGUUCAUAGAUUUACUUUUAUCACCAGUAUUCUUACUGCCAAUUAGGCAAUUG